AUGUCUUCAGAAAAAAGUUCAAGAACAGGCGGUGUAUAUGGCGGCUCUACUUCGACACCACAAUUUCGUAGAACAUGGGAUAGAGAUGAGUACGCUGCUAAAGCCCGUGAACGGGCGAGACGUGAAGCACAAGCUGAAUCCGAUGAAGAACGCAAGCGCAAAGGUCUCAAACCUAAACCUCGUGCUCCUUCUCCCGAUUCUCAGCCGAAAGAGUUUCUCCGCGCACGGUCAGAAAAGGUUGUUUUAGAUGCGAAUCUGAACCGGACACAAGUCGUACAGAGCACAAGCAUCACCUCAAGGCAGCCAGGAUAUUACUGUCAAGUUUGUGAUUGUGUUGUUAAAGACAGUGUAAACUAUUUAGAUCAUAUUAAUGGAAAGAAACAUCAGAGAGCACUGGGUAUGUCCAUGAAAGUAGAACGGAGCACUAUAGAUCAAGUCAGAUCCAAGUUGGCUAACUUGAAAGCCAAGAAAGAACAAGCCACUGAGACAUACGGUAAGGGCGAAUAUGCGAUUUCAGGUGUUGAUGCAUGA